UGACUCUAGAGGGAAGUAGUGGUGUGUUUAAGCUCAUUGCACCACAAAUGAGCAAAUCGAGCAAAAAAAAAAGGCGAAGAAGAAGCUAUCGCCGCUCUAAAUAGUUAGCGAGCUUGCUAAUGCUCGGAGGUAACGGUAUCAUUUUCAGGAUAUUCUCAUCAUGAGCUAUACAGAGAAACCAGACGACAUAACAAGGGACGAAUGGAUGGAUAAGCUCAACAAUGUCCAUGUUCAGAGAGCUGAUAUGAACAGACUUAUUAUGAACUAUUUGGUGACAGAGGGCUUCAAGGAGGCAGCGGAAAAGUUCAGAAUGGAGUCUGGGAUUGAGCCAAGUGUCGACCUGGAGUCCCUCGAUGAAAGAAUUAAGAUUAGAGAAAUGAUCUUGAAGGGGCAGAUCCAGGAUGCAAUUUCCCUGAUCAACAGUCUACAUCCAGAACUGCUGGAUACAAAUCGCUAUCUUUAUUUUCACUUGCAGCAACAGCAUCUCAUCGAGCUCAUUCGUUUGAGGGAGACUGAAGCGGCCCUCGAAUUUGCCCAGUCUCAGUUAGCAGAGCAGGGGGAGGAGAGCCGAGAAUGUCUGACUGAGAUGGAGAGGACACUGGCACUGCUGGCGUUCGAUAACCCAGAGGAGUCACCUUUUGGAGAUCUUCUCAAUAUGAUGCAGAGACAAAAGGUAUGGAGCGAAGUCAAUCAGUCUGUGCUUGAUUACGAAAACAGGGAAUCGACACCCAAGUUGGCCAAACUCCUAAAACUGCUGCUCUGGGCUCAAAAUGAACUGGACCAAAAAAAAGUGAAGUAUCCCAAAAUGACAGACCUCAGUAAGGGAACCAUCGAAGAGCCAAAAUAAUACCCACAUUUAAAGCAUAUGAUGGACACAUUUCCUUUGUCUAUUUAUACCCCACACGGUGAAAAACGUACUUUUUGAAAGUGUUGCUUUUUCAGACAAUAAUAAUGAAAUGAGCAGAAUCAACUGAAUUCAUGACCUUUUAAAAUGACCUGUGACUAAAUGAACAUGCAUUAUUUUACAUGGUGUUAACAUUGACAUAUUCUGAAUGAAAGUGUUUUUCUUUGCGUAUUUACAUGUACACUAGUGUUUUUCUGUCAUUUGGCAGGGAAAGUUGGAAAUGGAAGAUGUGAUUAAAGCCUAAAUUAGGCUGCGUGUGACCAUUUAGGUAUGUUUUAAGCAGAAGUGAUGGGCUGUGUCCUCACCACAACCCAUGCCAAGGGGCACAACGUGAGACAAAGGUACUUGAUAUAUUUCAAACUCCAACGAGUUGGAGAUGGAUCAGCUGUAUUAGUUACACGAGGGAAAUAAGCUGCUCUUUUGCUAUAUCUGGUGUACUUUUAUUUGCUUUCGUUUU